AUGCCUUCAACUGCCCUUAUGUAUAACCAAAUAGUCGAGGCAUCCGACUUAAUAACAAAUCCAAACGAUUUAACUGAAAAAACUAUUAAAGGAUUAUUCUCUUCAGGCGCUUCUUUUAUAGAUAUUGAGUUUCCAUUGUAAAUAUUAUAAACUGCUUCCCCUUCAUUUACUAGUUUAUACGCCUAAGAUCUCGCUACAGGCAUAAAAAACGGAAAACCGGUUCCUUUUGAAGAUAAAACAGGAAGUUUAGGUACUUCUACAGAAAAAGGAAGCGCUACUUUUUCCCAAACAACUGCAGGGACAAUAAUAAACCUGACUUUCAGUUCUCUAAAUUUAGCCUAAAUUCCAAAAAAAGAGGACGAAUUAAAUUAAGAGUUAAUUCCUGGAGGAUCAGAUAUGUAAAUAAGUAUUUUAAUUGAUAAUCCAACAACUACUGUUACUACAGGAAAUUUCAUGUUGAAAUUUUGUCUUGAUUCUGCUUGUUUAUAUGAAUAACAAUCUAUAAAUAUUAUUGGAAUAUCCAUAAUAGAUAUAAAAGAGCUAAAUUUGAGACUAUAUCAACCCCAAAGCACUGCCUUUUUUUGUCAAAGUUAGGACCAAUGUCCAUUAAGUUUCUCGUUUAAAUUCCCUGAUAAAUUAGAUAAAUUGGUUGACUAUUUAGUUUUAGAAAAUCCUUCAUUUAUGGAUACUAUAAUAUCUUUUGAUAAUACCUAAAGUAAAGAACUUGCUUGCUUUUUUUAAGAUUUUGCCUCUUAUUAUUGUUUUUAUGAUUCUGUCUAGAAAACUAUAAAUAUAUUUGCGCCAUCUAAUACUGAUAUUUUGAAAGAUACAAUAUUAAGAAUUUAAAUUUUUUCUUGGAGAGAUACUUUAUAUCAAACAGGAACAAAUUUAAUUCAGAAUUUUAAACUUUUGCCCACAUACAGCUUUUAUAAGGCCACUCCUGAGAAAUUAUAAGAUAUUCCGAUUUCUUUGUAGAAUGCAGGCGGUUCAAUACUUUAAGUAAAAAAAUGGUGGCAUUUUAUUAAUUAAGGAUUUAUGAAUGCUUAUUUCUGCUUUUAUACGACUAAUAUUAAUAGAGACUCUUUAUUAAAAGUUUAUUUCUAGCUUUCUCAGCCUUCUAAUGAUGCACUACCUGAUACCAAAGUUUGGGGAAUGUUCGAAUUAUCGCUAGAAACAAUGAAUGAAGUAGGCUAAACAUUAAUUCCUUACAAUCUACAUAGUAGAUUUUACAAAUCAAAUCAAGAAAUAGAUUGUUUAUGUUAAAAUAACAUAAAUCUUCUUUUUAAAUGUUACGUAUAAUACUCUGGAGUCAGCAAAGAAUCACCCACAUCUAUUAUAAUAAAGCCUUAAUAAAUUUUAGCUGUAAAUGAUAUUCUUUUAUUAACUUUCCCUAAAAUAAGUAUGCCUUUAGUCGAAAAUUACUAUGUGAGAUUAUAAUUGAGAUAAAUAACUUAUGAUUCUAUAAAAAAAGAGCUUAUUUAUUUAUCCGAUAAACCCUCCGAUUUUGUAUUUUUGACAACUAAAUAUACCACAAUUUAGACAAAUUAAUUACUAGACACUUCCAUUGAUAAUAAAGUAGGAAGUCCUAACAAUAUUUUAUGGUAACUAGGAAAUACAAAUGAUUUGAAAAAAAAUACACGAGAUAGAAUCAUUAUAGGAACUAAGACAGAUGAAAUGAUAUUCGAACAACCUGCAAAUCCUGUAAGUAAAACCUUAAAAACGACAAGUGAUUAAGGAAAUGUCUGGAUAUAUACACUCGCCUAAUGGUUAGAAAUAGAACCUACUGUAAAUAUUUCCGGAAGUUCUUUAUAAAUAAGAACUAUAGACUUUAAAAACAUGCCCUAUGAAAUUUAAUAAGGAGUCUAUUUCACAGCUGAAACAUGGUCCACAGGAGAUAGCAAAUUAGACACAAAAUACAAUAAAUUAGAUAUGGCUGAUCCUCAUCCGUUUGUAUAAUCUGAUUUUUAAUUUGAAAAUAAUUUGGUUGGAUUAGUAAAUAAAUUUACUUUUACAUUUUAACCCUUCAAUAAUAUUCCUAAAAGUGGAAUUAUAACAGCCUAUUGGGCUACAGGAACUCCUAAUCCAGAUAAUAAUUGGGAAUUUACAAAUCAAUAUUGUAAAAUUUUGAGUGGACUAGACGACCCUGAUUGUUAAAUAAUUUAAGAUAAAUUAAAUAACAUACUUUAGAUUUAAAUUAAAGGUUAGGCCUCUAAUUAUAAUGCAGCAAAAGAUGGACCUAUUAAAUUGUAAAUCUAGCUCAGAAAUAGUGUUGAUCCAGGUCUCAGAUCAAAUUUUAAAUUCAGUAUAUAUUGGGAUUAUUAUGGAUAUAAUAAUAGAGUAUAAGUUUCUGGCUCAAAUUUAUCCUAAAGAAGGAGAACAUGUGAAAACUUACUAUAUUCAUCUAUAAAUUUAAUAAGUGUCAAUCCUAUAUAAUUAACAUUAUUAGAAAGAUAUUAAAACGAAAUUGAAAUUUGUGGCGGAAAUAUAGGGCCUUUAUUAGUUACAUUUUAAUUGAAUGAAAGUUUAUAUUAUCCACAUGAUUAUAUAAUAAUUGACUUAUAUAAUAUGUUAAUAUAUGAUUUAACUAUCCCAGAUCCAAGAAUAUAGGAAGUUAUUUGUUAUUUUAAUAAUGUAAGUGACCCUAAAAAAAUUAAAAUUAAAACAUUCCGUUGUGAUUUUGAUUAAGUAAACAAAAGAAUAUUAGCAUAUGUACCGGAAGAAAUGAACCUUUUAUAUACUAAUAGAUAUAAUCUUUAUAUGACUAUUAGAACUGAUAAUGUUGAUACAUGGGGAUUUAAAAUCAGUGGGCCAUCCAAAGCUAGAUGGACAAGAAUAAGUACAAAAAGAGAAACAGGAGCACCUUCAGCUACCGCGGCUGAAAAAGCAACAUAUUAUGAUGUUGGUUGGGUUGAAGCUUUAAUUCCUCCCUGUCCUUUUGAUAAUAAUUAAUUUAGCGUAUAUGCAUUAACCCACGAGUUUAAUACAUUAGAUUAUAAUAGUAUAAUUGAUGCUAACAAAAACAAUAAUAAAUACAUUUACAAUUUAUUUAAUAUAACUCUAGCAACAACAGGAAAUGAUAUUGAAGUAAGCGACCCUUCUAACCCUUUCAGAACAAGAAUGGUUUUCGAGUUUUUAACACAUAAUGGAGUUUUCAGAAGCUGGGAUGAAGAUCCGACAGGUAACAAAUUAAGUUAAACAGGCCCUGCUGCUUGUGGAACAUUAUUUAAUUAAUAUCUCGGUAUUGCUACAGCUGGAAAAUAAAACUCUCCUAAAUCUUUCGACUCUUAUUCUCCUGGCAAUAUAGAUAUUGAAUGUACUGUAUAUCCAUCCAGAGGUCAAAGUUUAGAAUAACCAACAUACAUAGUAAUGGAAAACUAUGAAAAAAUAUUUGCUGGCAAUACUUUUAAUAUUAAUCUUGGAAAAAUAAAAAAUCCAAAUAAACCUAACCAUGGAACAACAUAUGAAUAUAAAGUAUAUGAUGACACUAAAAGAUACUAAACAUCCGCCCAUAUUCGUAUCCAUAUAGAAUAAAGAUAAGUUGACGGCACAUAUUAUCACGAAAAUACUCCAAUAAGUUUAUCUACAGCAACAUUCAAAAUCAGCCACUACGAUACUCGAACAAACUUCCCACUUCGAAAUGUCACAUAUGAAAUAAAUAGCCUCACCAGUCAAUUAUCGAAUUCAAGAACUGCUAUUGUAGUAUAAUACUCAGAACCUUACGAAUUAGUCUCAAAAGGAGAUUGUAUAUAACAUAAUAAAGACCUACCUUCAGUGCCACAUGGACCAGUAGCAUGUGCAUUUAUAAAAUAAAGUAAAUGGGUAGUUUUAUCAAACAACUUAGUAAUAAAUCCUCCUGAAAAAUAUUUAGUGAUUGAAUGGGAGCCUACUAGCCGUAUGAAUCCUCCAUAUACAUUCGAUUAUAUAUAGAAAAAUUCUCCUUUGAAUGCAUGGGUUUAUAGUAAUAAAAGAGUCAUAAUGCGCCGUAUCUAAGAUUUAAUAUCUCCAGUUUAAUAAAAAUGCUUAGUUUUAAUGGAAACUACAGCUGCAGAUAAUCCCCAAAACAGAGAAGUUACAUAUAGAAUAGGCGUAUAUUUACAAACAUUAUCUUCAUUUAUGUAAACAAUAGAGUUAGUCGCCCCUAAAGAAUUCCAAAACAUUAGAAGAUGUAGAAUUAAAAAAGGAUUAGUUUUAAAUAAUGUAAACGAUUUGAAUGAUAAUAUAAAAUGUACAAUCAUUUACUAAACGACUUGGCUAAUUAAAAUAACUAAUUUCAAAUUCAAAAAUAUAAACGAUGAUGGACUGCUAGUACUCGAGUUAUUAAUUAUGAACCCAUAUAUAUCUGGAUGGACAAAUUAAUGGAAAUGCAAAACUUAUGCAAUGGACGAAUAAAAAAUUCAUGAUUUAAAUUAUUAAGCUGAAGGAAGUACAUGGGUAGGUGAUUUUGUACCUUUCCCGAACUUAUUUAGAGUCUAUAGAAAUACUGUUAGUUUUUAAGAUAGGAGAGCUUCAACUAAUGAUUAUGCAGAAGUACAUAUGAGAAUUAUUCCUAAAAAAACUCACCCACAAACAGAUGAUUCGAACAAAACUUAAAUUGAAAUUUGGAUGCCUAUAGAGUUCGAUAUUCCAAACGGAGGAUAAAGAGUUUGCGAAGUUACACAUAAAUAUCAUGAUGAUACAAGUGGCUAAUAUUGUGAAAUCACUUCUGAUAGAAAAAUAUUUGUUAAUACAAAUAGAUAUUAAGGUCUUAUGGAUAAAUGUGGAUUAGUUUCAGCUACUACAAUAAACAGUAUAAAUAAUUAAAAUGGUGUAAAAUUGCCUUCAGUUGCAGGAAAUAAUAACUUCCAAGUAUUCAUAACGUCUGAAUAAAACGGAAAAGUGACAAAAGAAUAUUCCGAUUUAGGUGCAACCACAAAACCCUAAUAACUAAGUACAUCUUCAACAGGAGAUUAGUUUAAUAUUUCUGUACAAGAACAAGAAACUUAAGAAAAACAAAGAGUAAUUAUAAAAUUUAAAUCUCCAAUAAUAAUUCCCCCAGCUUAUGAUACAUCAGCAAAUAUUUCUGAUGUAAAUUUGAAUAAUCCAAUAAGUUAUUUAGACAUUUAAUUUAAUACAAGAGAUGAUAUUAAUAACAUAUUUUGGACUUCUUCUUCAGGAUGGACAAGAGUACUUGGUUGGCCUCUUAAUUUAGGCUUCACUGUAACUGCUGGUCAGAAAACGUUUGUUCCAUGUAAAGCUUAUUCAGGUUUAAUACCGAAAGAAGGUGAAAAAAUUCUCUGUUAACUUAUUCCUGCUUAAGAUUACACAAUAUAUACUCCAGCGAUUGUCCGAGUUUAUAAUUUUCAAUCAGUUGCCAAAAACUAAAUUAUAGAGUUACAUUUGCUAUCUAUUUUAGGACAAAUACAUGGCGGAAAUGCCGGAUAUAUAGACGUUGGAGUAUUUCAAUAAAUGGGAGACGGCAGCUUAGUCUGGAUUAUUGAGCUAACCAGAUUUGCAAUCGGUGGUCCUUCCUGGAAAUAUUAUAACCAAUACCGUUUAUAUGAAACUGAUUAAAUAAAAAUAACUCCAAAUCAAGUCGGAGCAUAUUCAGAAUGGCUAUUUACAUUUAAAAGCCUAUAAUAUAAAAUUCCAGCUAUCCCCGUGGAUGUAGAUUGUCCUGAAAUAAGAACAGCUUUAACUAGUUCUAUAGAAUUCGCUGCAGGAACAAUUUUUGUAUUGGAUAUUCCUAAAAAUUAUUUCGAAUUGAAAGACGAUGGAAGAAUAUAAGCCACUUUUUCGAAUAUUCCAAUGAAAAUAUGGGUAUAUGAAGAGACAAAUCAAAUAUUCUUAAGAAUUGAAUAAACAGUCCCUUGUACAGGAGCCAAUGAACUCAAAAUAACUCAACUAAGGAAUGCUGCAUAUUAAUUUUUGACUCCAUAUUCAUUAAAAAUUACUAGUUAUCGUAUAGACAAAUAAAUUAAAAACACUUUCAGGUUUAACAACAUCUCAUCACCUACUCCAGGUGAAUUUGUUACUUUAAGUUUAGUUUUAUCUAAAUACUUUGCAGAUGAAAGAUAUGUUACAUAUACAUUCUCCUUCACCCCUUCCUAUAAUAUUCAUUUAGGUUCCAAAAUUACAAUUGAACUCCCAAAUAGAGCAGAUAUAACUUAUAAUGGUUUAGGAACUUCUGUUCCAAAAGAGCUUUGUGUAGUUUCUGAUUAAAAUCUUCUUGAUUAAUCUUCAUGUGUAAUGGGUCCAUCUUUACUAACUCUUCUAGUAAAAUCGAAUAUCGCAGAAUAAACACCACUCUCAGUCUAAAUUAUAGGUACAAGAAAUCACCCUACUUUCACAGGGCGUACAUUAUCUAAUGAUUUUUCUAUUUCUAUAUAAACUCAAUCUCCUUAUACUAUUAUGCCUUAUUUUAUAAAUUAAGGAAAUUUCCCAGUUAUUACUUUCUUGAAUAAAAGAGAAACAUCUUUUCUUUAUCUCACUAUGUUUGGUACUUCUUACUUUAAUAAAGUCUAAUCAGAUUAUACUUUCACUAUUUAAUCUUCUUCUGAUCUUCCAAUUGGAGGUUUUAUUUAUUUAUAAUUUCCAAAUGAUUUUCUUACUGAAUAUCCAUCUUUAAAUUCUAUACCACCUCCAACAUCGAUAUAAGGUUCAUGGACUGUCGAAUCAUUAACUUAUGCAACAAUAUGGCAAUAAGCUGGAGCAAAUUAUCUUCUUAAAAUAACUCCGAAUUUUGCUUGGCCAUCUCGAGGUUCCCUAACAUUUAAAUUUAAUUCAUUUAAAAAUCCCUAAAUAACUUCUAUUACAAAUCCAUUCGCCUGCUACACAAUUUAUGACAAUAAAAAGUAGGACCAAACCGAUAUAAACGACAAUUCUUUAAAAUUUAACUUCUAGCCUAAGCCAGCCGAUCUUUAAGUAGGCGCAUUUUCCUUUACGCCCCAAAACGAGGGUUCUUUAUCCACAUAUAAUUUCCCUUUAACCCUUCCAUCUCCCCCAAUUGGAACUACUGUAACUUCCUAAAACCCAUACUAUUUAGAUUACAUAUUCGACACAACUGUAUAUGGUUAAACCCUAACAACAAUCGACUAAACGGUUCCUUGUAAAAUCAAACUAAAAUCAUAAUCUAACUAUGCAGAUGCAUUAUGUACAGUCAAAAACGGAGUCCUUUCCAUACCAUUAACCUCCGACACUUAUUUAGGCAAAGAAAUUGAUGUCCAAAUAAAUAAUAUAGUAAAUCCUCCAGCUCCAACUUAAAUAAAAUCUCUUCUCCGUCAAGGGUCAUCAAUAAUCUAAUAUACAGACAACGCUGCCUCAGUAAAUCCCAAAAGCCCUCCUUCAGAUUUAAAAAUGACACUUUUAGAAACUACUUCAACCGCUCUUUAAGCAAAAGCUUCAUAUACUUUUUGUGUAACACAUCUGAACUAAUAGGCUAAGACUACAUAGUUUACAUAUAUUUUCCAUCAUAAUUUUCCUUCAAAAGCAACUAUUAAUGCCAAAUUACUCCUCAGCAUGAAAACAGCAAAGUAACAUAUGACAUCCUAAAUUGUGAAACCUAACGCGAAUAAAAAAGAAUAGCCAUAAAAGGUCAAAAAAAUACCAAAAAUCUCGGCAUAAAUGCCAACCUCUGUUAUAAAAUUGAUGGUGUCCAAAACCCAUCAGUUCCCGGCAAUUCUGAUAACUUUAAAAUCCAAAUAUAUUCUCCUUCAGAAAAAAUCGUCAAAUCCGAAACAUCAGGCCUCACAAGUGAUAAAACAUAAUUCCGUUACUAAAGGGAAGGCUAUCAAAUCAUAGUAGGAUAAAUACCAGACAUUCCUCAAGGUGCAACUACAAACGAAAUUUCGAUUUAACUCGAACUUUCCGUUUCCUACUCCAUAGUAGCAUUCCCAGAACUCGAAAACUUUGAAUUUAUACCACCUAUAAUCAUAUUCGAUCCUACUAAAGGAGGUAAAACGUAAUAUUUUAAAAUAAAGCCUUUAAAAAAUGCUAAAAAAGGUCAAAAUAAUAUAUUAUGGCAUAAAAAAGAACAAAACUCCAUAAAUAAGUUCUCUGAAAUUCCCGACACUUAAUUCAAUUUACUCUCGUUUACUCCUGAAAAUUCCCUCAAAGCUAUCUUAUAGACUACAGUUUCGAGAGUUCCUUUACUAGGUACUUCCUUACCAAUAGAAAUUAAACUAAAUCAACCUUCGAAUAAGCGACUAAGUAUUUCCUACACUACAAAAAAAAAUCAAGACGACAAAUUAAUCUUCCAACCUCCCAUAAUGAUUUUUGAACCUGGCCAAAUUUCCUGCGCAUUCACUUAUACAACAAAAAUGGGCACAAUUUCAGAUUCCUUAUUAUUUUCUCUAGAUUAAGAAAGUGCUAAAUAUUUCGUUAUGCCCAAUAAAGAACUUUCCUUUGAAAUUCUCGACAUUGACAGAAAUCCUCCGACUAUCAUAAACUACUAUACAGUCCGAAUGGAUCGCACAUAUAUGUACUUAAGAAUUUCUUGUGACGAAAGCGUUAAUAUUUACUAUAUGCUAACAUUCCCAGGAACCCAAUAACCAUCCCAAAAAGAACUCAAAAAUUCGGACUUAAGACGAAUAUUGGGCACAAAAACUGACGUAAUAGAAUAUUUUGGUAAAAACUCAUCAUUUGUAUCACCCAUAACCACAAAUUAUAUAUAUUAUGACACAUAUAUAUUCAUAAAUGACCUUGAAGAAUAAACAGACUAUCUUUUGUAUUUCUUCGCAGAAGAUCUUUCGUUAAACUAAACUCCUAUGCACAAUUUUACAUUCACAACAUUUCCAAAACAUUUUCCGGCUUAUUUCAAAUUAAAGUUUAAAUAAAUAAUUCCUGAGGAUAAAAUUUUCGCCGCUUUUGGACUUAUAACUUCGUUACAAAAAGAAAGAUUCAAACUAAUUAAUAAACCUGAAAAAUUCAAAAUCGAAGGUGUCAUAGAAGAUGAAAUAAAAGAAAUUAUUGAUUAAGUUCCUAUAGAUUAUGAAUUCAUUCUUCUCCCAAAUAAAACUUCUAAUGAUAUCCGUCCUAUAGAAAUAGUUAACAUAUUAUAAGAAAACUACGAUAUUUUGCAAUCAGAACUUUAAGUUAAUGGUAAAAAUGUUCUCUUAGAAAAUUUCAAAAUAAACGAAAGUGCGCACUAGAUAUAUAAAAGCCCUCAAAAAUUCAAACAUAAUCCUGAAAUCAUUAAAAUUACUGAAGAAUCAGCCUCAUUUUAAAUUUAACUCUCCAAUCCCGGAUUUUGCUAUGCAAUUGUUAUGUUAAAAGAAUCUCCAAAGCCAACUGCUAAACAGCUUAAAUAUUUUCUAAACUCUACUAAUUACUUCUUACCUAUUGGAUAAUAUUUUUCUAAAGAAUAUGUUUUUAAAGAGGGGGUGGCUAAUGAUAAAUAAAAUGUUUUUAAUAUUUUCACUUUUAAUUCUCUUUAUGAUAAUUCUGAUUAUAUAGCCUAUUUUAUUGGAGAAAAUAAUUAGCUUGUAAAUCCUGAUCUUAUGGAUGAAAAAGAUAUCAAGUUCGUUCCUUUUAAAACUUUGAGAGAUAUUGUAGUUAUUCCUUCAUGGUUUAAACCUGAUAUGUCUAUUUAAUAUGGAUUUAUUUUAGAAUAGAUAAGU